AUGCUUCGCAAACGCACAGACAGUGAGGAGAGCGGCACCCGGUGCACGGGUGUGUUGUCGAGGACACAGAAAUUCGCAGGGCCGGCUAACUUGUCCAAUGCAGGCAAGCGUGGUGAUCCGGGGGCUAAGUGCCGUUUCGGUGUGCGUGGCGAGCGAAAUUGUGGAGAAGCAGGGACGAGGGGUAAUUCUGGUGUCGCUGGAGACGCCGGAGCAGGCCGCCAGGGGCGAGCAGCUGGCCCAUGUCGUGGGCCUGCACAGUGGGGACGAGCUCGCGGCAGAGUGUUUGUGCGGUCGGCAUACGGCGAGACCCAUCACGGCUGUGCAUCUGGGGGAGGGCACGUCGACCUCUCGACGGGCGCUGCUCGUUAG